GUCUGCCAUAGUCGCGGUGCAUUGUGGGGAGGUUGUGGUCCUCCAGCGGCUCGGUUCGGAAUAAUGUCUGCCUCGGAGGCAGCGGACGGUUCUUCCCCGGAAUUAUGCCCGAGCUUCGCCGUUAUCUGCUCGUUCCUGGAGCGGUAUGGAGCUCUGCUGGACCUGCCGGAGGUGUCGUUCCCGGAGCUGGAGCGCGGUCUGCAGGAGAGCAGCGCGGUACCCAAACUCCUCGUGGAUCUUCAUGUGAAAUUACUGAGGAAAAUUGGCAAAUCUGUGUCAGCAGACAGAUGGGAGAAAAACCUUAUUAAGAUCUGUCAGGAGUUUAACACCACAUGGGCGUGGGAGCUAGAAAAAAAGGGUUAUCGAGAGAUGACAGUGGAGUGUAAGACAGGAAUUCUGAAGUACUUGUGCGAAUGCCAGUUUGAUGACAAUGUCAAGUUUAAAACCGCUAUCAAUGAAGAGGACCCAGAUAAAAUGCGUCUUCAGCCAAUUGGCAGAGACAAAGAUGGCCUUAUGUACUGGUUCCAGCUAGAUCAAGACCAUAAUGUAAGGAUCUAUGUGGAAGAACAGGAUGAUUUGGAUGGGUCAUCCUGGAAGUGUAUAGUAAGAAAUAGAGACGACCUGGCUCAAAUCCUUGGAUUGUUGAAGACUCAGAUUGAUCCAGCACUUUUGGUAAAGAAGGAUCCAGAGGAGGGCUCAUCUAAUAACAGUCCGAACCCAGAGAAAGAAGACGACAAGAAAAAAGAGGGAGCUGAAGUGGGGAUCGGAGAUGAGAAAACACAGAAUGAUUUAUCUGCGUCUGAAAAUAAGGAAAACAUAUUGGAAAAGGAAAAUGCAAAGCAAGAAGAUGCAGAAACCAUAAAUUCUUUGUCAGAAAAAGGCUUGAAGGGGAAGGAAGAGCUGCAGAAACCUUCGGAGACGGCAAAUGGCACUACUGCAUCGAUUAAAGAAGAGCCACAAGAUGAAGAUGAGAAAGCCAAGGACUUGUCAACGCCUUCACAGAUCGCAGAAAAAACAGAGGAUAUAAAAAGAAAAACUUUAGAAGAGACUCAGAGAGCUUUGAAAAAUGACCAUCAAGCAAAAAUUCCCCUGAAAAAGCGGGAAAUGAAACUAAGUGAAGACUUUGACACCAGCAGCAUGGGAAUACGAAAUGCUCCUGUUGCUCCUGUAAAAGAAUCUCAGACAUGUUUCGAUGACAGCAGAUUGAAUGCGGAAAAGAUCAACGGUCAUGUCCCGCACCUAAUAGCGUCUGAGAGUGAAAUACAAAAAGGGUCGGAUAAUUUUCAAAAGGAAAGUACAGAAGAGAAAAAUUCAGAGAAGCUCCCACUAGAUUUAGAUAAAUCCAAAGAAGGAAAAAAGGAGACAAAGGAUGACCAGAUGGAAAAGAAGAUGGACACAAAUGAAACCAGAUUGUGUGCUGAAGAGCAGAUGGAAGUGGAGAAGUCUGAGGAGUCCUGUGCCCCCACUGCAGAAGAGAACAAGGAAAAAUCUGAAACUUCGCAAUCUCCUGAAAAGACCCCUGGAGAAGAAAAGCACUCAUCAUUAAGUGAACAAUCAGAAAAGACACCUGUUUCUGAAGAAGUGACCGACAAUAAAAAGUCUCCCAGUUGUGAUAAUACGGAUGCUACUGAAGUAAAUGCAUCAACACUUCCCGUAGAGUCAACAGAAGAAGAAUCAGUGAAAGAUCUUCCAAACAAUGAAUCAUCAAAUGAUCUUACACACGACAAGUCAGGGAAAAUUCCCCUAAAAGAUGAUCCAACAAAAGGUCUGGCGGAAGAUCAAUCAACAAAAUGUCUCUCAGAAGAUGAAACAUCAAUUGAAAAGUCAACCCAAGUAUUCUCAAAAGAAGCAGUGAAAGAAUCAUCAAAAGAUUGCACAAGAGAAGAUUCAAUAAAAGAUCUUCCAAAAGACGAGCCAGAAAAAGAAGAGUCAAAUAAAAAUCUCUUAAAAGAAGAGACAUCAAAAAAAGAGUCAAUGGAAAACCUAUCAAAUGAACAGUCCAAGAAGGAUCUUGCAGAAGAAGAAUAUAAGAAAGUCCUCACAGAAGAAAGUCAGCAGUCUCCCAAAGACUCUAAUAGGGUCCAUAAAGAACCAGAUCUAACUGCUUCCACGCUGAUGGAAACUGAACCAAUCCCAUCAUCUAAAACAGAGGAGUCUUCUUCCUGUGAAGUAAUCAAACCACAUUCUGGCACUGAAAAGCCAGUGAACACUGAAGAAACAAAACCCCAUCACAGCUCUGCAGACACUACCACAGAAAAAGAGCAAAGUGCCAUUCUCUCAGAAACUGAAAAACAGAGCAUGUCUGAAGGAGACAAACAUUCAACCAAUGGAGAAAGUGACUCCAUUGUUCCUAAACCUUCUGAAGAUACAGAUAGCCCUCAAGACAAAGUGCAAGAGAAGUCAGAAUCCCCUAAGCUAGCAUCAGUAGAUCUUGAAAAAUCAUCUGUUUCUGAUUCAACAAAUACUCCAAGCACACCAAAAACCACAGAGAAAGUAGAUAGUGAGGAAAAAUGUGAUGCAGCUGAAACUGAUAAAAAUAAGGAUUUGAAAGCGUCAAAAGACAAGGAUGAAAAGGGUGAAGCUGCAAACAGCUCAGAAGAAUCUGCAGGAAAAAAAUCAGGAGAAAUUAAAGCUACAGAACAACCCAGUGAAUCCACCAGUUCGGAGAAUCCUCCUUCUGAUAGAGAACAUGAAAAGGAACCAGAUUCAAAGGAAGGGAACAAAGAGAAGCCAAUGGAAAUUGAUUCAGAGGGCGAUAAAGCUGAUAAAAUUCAGUCGGCUGUUGACAAGGGAUGUGGGACUAUAACAGCAAGUAAGAAGGAAACUGAUAUUCCUGUGGAUCAAAACAUCACCUCAAGCAAAGAAUCUAAGCAAGACGCGAGUUCUGGGGAAGACAAAAGCUCUGCUGUGAAAAGCAGUAAAAGACCAGGGCGGCCUCCCAAGAAAUCUCAGGACAGUCAGGAUGAGGAUAAAACAGGCGAGGAACAAGAAGAAAAGACACAGCAGGAAAGAAUUCGCAUGAAGAUCAAAAUCCCAGCUCACAGACGGAAGGCAGAACUUCAGAGAGAAGAGGUGAGAGGAGAUUCAGAGACUGAGGUGACUGACAGCAGGUGCUUGAGGAGAUCUCCGAGAAUCUGCAGACCCACUGCUAAAGCUGUGGAGAUCCAGGACAGGAGGGCGGAACGGAAGCAGGCUACUCCGGUGUCAGAGAAAGAAAAGGAGGAAAAUGAAGACAAAGAGGAUGAGGAUCCUGUACCGAGUAAACCAAGGAAAGCUGAGCCAGAUGGCCAAACAAAACCAAAGCAGGCGGGGAGGCGUCGGAAACGGCAACCGUGGUCUCGUAUGAGACGUAAAAGGAAAAGUUCUGAUGAUGAUGAUGAGGACGAGGAAAGCGAGAGUGAGGAAGAGGAGACAGAGGAGGACGACAGCGAUGAAGACUAUAAGGUGGAGAAGACCAGGAAAAGAAGGAGAAACCGAAACCGAGAGCGGCACAGCUCUGACUCCUCUACCUCUUCAUCAGAAGAUGAUACACCCAAUGACGACCCCUGCAAACACUGUGGCCUUCCCAACCAUCCCGAGCUGAUACUCCUGUGUGAUUCCUGCGACAGCGGCUACCACACUGCCUGCCUGCGUCCUCCACUCAUGAUCAUUCCAGACGGGGAAUGGUUCUGUCCCCCCUGCCAGCAUAAGCAACUUUGUGACAGGCUCGAAGAGCAAUUGCUGAAUUUGGAUGCCGCCCUCAAAAAGAAAGAACGUGCAGAGCGAAGGAAAGAGCGACUGGUGUAUGUUGGCAUCAGUGUAGAGAACAUCAUCACACCCUCCGUGGAAGUGGAGGAGGAAAAGGAGGUGGUGGUGAAAGAGAAGAAAGAUGUAAAGAAAAGCAAAGGAUGGGGACGGAGAUCAACCAGGGCAAAGAAAUACAUAAGCUACAGAUUUGAUGAGUUUGAUGAAGCAAUUGAAGAAGCAAUCGAGGAAGACAUUAAAGAGGCAGAAGGUGGAGGAGCAGGCCGGGGAAAGGACAUGGCAAACAUCACAGGCCACAGAGAGAAGGACAUGUCCACCAUCCUACAGGAGGAUGGGAAGGAGAACGGGCGGCCGCGGCGAAUCAGUGCAGCUCAGAAGAAGAAACGGCGGCGUCUCAACGAUCUAGACAGCGACAGUACCGUAGACGAGGAAGAGAGUGAAGACGAGUUCCGUCUCAGCGACAGCAGUUCAGAAGAUGAGGAGUUUGUGGCCUCUGAUAAUGACGCGGAGAGCGAAGCAGAAGUCCCAUCCUAUGAGGACAGUGACUUCGGGAGUGAUGUUGACCGCCCAAAGAGGAAACAGCCGCCACGCAGAAGACGCAAACCGAAAGGAUACUCUGAUGAAGAGGAGCUGGAAACUGAUGAAGAGGAGGAAGAGGAGGAAUUGGCGACAGAAGGCUCUAGUGAAUUCAGUGAUAGUGAUCUGGACGUCCGCUGUCGGCGGUCCUAUCGGAGUCGUAAGCAAGAGGUGAAUUACUGUGAAAGCUCAGAUUCUGACGGCUCACAGGCCAGCACCAACAAAGACAAAAAGAAGAAACGCAGACAUCUAUCCAGCUCCGACAGUGAAGCUAGUUUCCAGUCAGCCGAAUCUGAUGAAGAACGCAAGCCCAAGAAGAUAAGAGCGGACUCGUCCGAAGAAGAGUCCAGGAAACGGCGAAGACGUCUGUCCCUUAAGCGUCGGAGGGAGUCGGAGGAUGACGAUGAUGAUGACUCGGACGAAUCCGAGGAAGAGGAGCGGCCCAUCCGGAAGCGUGUGAACCGCAUCGACUCUGACGACAGCGAGAGUGAAGAGGAGGUGAAGAAGAGCCCGUCGGAGAAAGAGACAGAGGAGACUGGCAAAGGACCCAGUCCACUGGACUACAACUUGGUGGAGCUUCCUCCAACUAACGGACAGAGCCCAAUGAAGGGUUUGGAGGGACUCAUGCCUCGACCCGGGGUGGGAGUGACGGCUAAAAGCGGAAACGCCCCAUCAGCAGUAUCCAUAGCACCGAACGGCAUGGAGAUUGCUGCGCCGGACGAAGAUGAAGACGACCUUUUGGGCGUCACAGACCUUGUAGACUAUGUAUGCAACAGUGAACAGUUAUAACUUGCUAUUCUUUUUCUUUUUGUAAACAUUUUUUUCUCCUUUUUUUCCCCCCGACCCUCAUCCUGUUUUCACCACAGAUCACGUCAACAGUCCCUGUUAAACGUGCCAGCAGAACAGAUCAGGUGGCACAUGAAUAAUAGCUGUAAAUAUUUUACUGAGCAAAAGUAUCAAGAGAAGGCGAACGCAACCCUUCAAAGAGACUCCCCGAGAUAUUCCUUCUAAAGUAUCGUUUUUUUUGUUCGAUAAGAGCGAUCGCUCUCAAACAAACCCUCUCUGGAAAACAACCUCUAAAACCUCUUUUUACACUAAUCACACAGCCAUGCUCACGCUCACAUGUCUGAUGUAGAGACAUUUGUCGAGUUUACAUGCGUUUCGAUCUCCACUGCUGUCAGUUGCACAUUUCAGAGAGAGACGGACGUGGGUGGAGUCAGUGCAGAGGGGGCGGAGCCUUUGUUUCAGCGAGGUUCCACACAAACUCUAAAUCUCGUUAGCGUUCGUUUCCACUCCGAGGCCAUUUUUAACUUUCAUCUUUUAUAAUCUAAUUAGAGUGGAAGUUGAAUUUCUACCGAUUGGUUACAUAGUGUCAUUUGGCAGGGGAAAAAAGAAAUGUUUUUAAGUGAUGUCAUUAUAAGCUUUGUUUUGUUAUACUAUUUAUUAUAGAAUUUGUACCUGAAAUUAUCACUUGGUCGUACAGCUGCUGGCACCAUUAGUGCAAAAGAUUCCUGGAAGAUGUCUAAUGGUGAAAAAUUGCUCAUUUGCUUAUGCCAACAUACUAACAUUGCAUCCUAUUCUGUUGCUUUGGACUGUUAAAGCACCCUGUUUUAAUUUGAAUUCAAACACUAUUUACUCUGGCAGCUUUUCAAUGCGUCAAAUGCCAAAUCUUCCACUCGAGGCUGAUAAAAUGCUGAGGACUCUCACCCACAUCGAUGUGCAGUCUGUUUCUCUGAGGGAUUCCUUGAAGUUUAGUGCUGUUCAUCUCAUUUUAGCGCAGAUAUUCCAUCAAAGGGAUUCUUCUUUGCCCAUCGUGUCCUGUGUUUCAGUGCACUAUAUUCAUUUUCUUUAUAUAAAUAUAUGAAUAUAAUCAUUGUAACGUUUUCCUUUAGUUUUGUAAGCAUACUAAUGAUGUGUAUGAUUUGUUUGUUCCACAUCAAUUAUAAAGCAAUACAUUUUUCUUACAAGACAUGCGGGAAGAGAUUCGUUGUCUCCUGGUUUUGUUUGUUUUUAAAAAGUGAAAUUCAUGUUGCUGGUGACAUUCGAAUAAUUUCCGACCUUUCCGAGAGCAGCGUGAUGCGAGACGCCCCUCCGAGAUGUAAGAACAACGUCUGAGAAACAUUGUAUGAUCUUGCAUUAUCCUGGUGUGUAUAUCUGUAGUUUUCUGCUGUAACAUAUUAGAGGCAUUUUUAAAUCAUUUAAAGUAUACAUAGCAGUCCUUUUAUGAUUGCAGCUGUUUAUAAUUUGUUUUGUAGGUACAUUUGUACCACUCCAAAGUGGGCACGUCUGUCUCAUUUUCAUGCGUUUAUUUGGGUUUUGUCUUCUUUGAGGGUUUUGAGUCUCUCUGUCCUUAUUUCCACUAUUGCUAAAACAUUUCCAAGAAUGGUCUGUUCUCAGAGGAAAAGAGCAUUUGAUAUAAAGCCCAACAGACAGUUUAAUUGUUUCAAUGUAAGCAUUGAUCGACAAAAGCGGUGUAAAAACGUCUUGUACAUUAAUGUUUAUGCUUGGCAUGCACAUAUAUUCUAGUCCGAUUUAUUUGCUCUUGCAGCAUUAGGGCAUCAGAUUUUGAGAAUAAAGCUACCCAGAUUUUUUUUUUUUUUUUUUUUUUUUUUUUUUUUUUACACAAAUAUAGUUUUAGACAUGCAAAGACCAAGAGCAUCAUUAGGUACUUAGACCACAAUGCAUUUCUCUUGAGAUGGUCUAUUAACAGUAUUGGGCUGGUGUUCAAUUGCUGUGUAACUUAAAAAUCAAAGGUACAGAAAUCCAUUUGAAAUCAAGGCCCAGCCUAUAAUGAUACAGUAUAUAUUUAUAUUUCUCACACAAAUCUGUUUAAUUUGAUAUUAUGUCACGAGGGAUGCCGACACCAGUGUUUGAAGAUAUUUGGCUGACGUAGUUUGACAGCAGAUGGACAGAUGCCGUCUGGUUUUAGCUUUUAGAAACGUCCUUUGUGUUCGUCUGUUCCUCUUUUGGAUGUUUUUGUUAACUGUAUUGUAAUUUCUUUCAUAUGAUUUACUAUCUUGUACAUUUGUCAUAAUAAAAAUGAAAUGAAACCUGUA